UUCAGGAAGGUGUCGAGGCGGAGGGAAGUCCUGCGGUUCCUCUCUCUACCUCAGGAGACGUCCUUCUGUUCCUCUCUCUAAUUUCUGGAGGAGACGUCCUGCUGUUCCUCUCUCUACCUUCACGGAAGGCGGAUCCAUCUCGUUUCACAUCCACCGUUUGAAGACUAGAACCAGUAGCAGGUUGACAACAGGACCUAGAAGCUGCGCGUCCAUGUUGGUCGGUGAAAGAAGUCAGCAGGUCUGCUCAGAAGAAGGCGGUGGAGGUCUAAUAACCAUGAUAUGAUCGACGGAGGUAACGUCCGCUUAUGAGCUCAUGUUCCAAUCCCUCGUAAUGCUGAUCCUCCAGGCGUCACCUCGUCCUAGCGUUGAGCACCCGCUAUAAGGUCGCAUGGAGCGACUCGGGGUCCUCCUGGUGGCCAGCUGCCAGGAGAACCAGGAGAGCCCGGAGCUGAGGAGGAGGAGGCGCUGGGCCAGACUGUUCGAUCAGCUGGACCUCAAUAAGGAUGGACGGAUCGAUCUACGUGAGCUGCGGGUUGGCCUGGCAAAGCGAGGGGUGUCCCGGAGCUCCGUGGAUAAGGUCGUCCUCGCCGGGGACACCAACCAGGACGGGGAGCUGGACUUUGAGGAGUUCAGCCGCUACCUCCACACCCACGAGAAGCAACUCAGACUCCUGUUCAGCAACCUGGACCGCAACCACGACGGUGAAAUCGACGCAGCAGAGAUCCAACACUCUCUGCGCUCCAUCGGUCUGGACGUCAGCCGCCAGGAGGCAGAGCGGAUUCUGAACAGUAUGGACAGAGACGGGACCAUGACGAUAGACUGGGCCGAGUGGCGCGACCACUUCCUGUUCAACCCACUUCACAACAUGGAGGACGUGGCCCGCUACUGGAGACACACCAUGAUCCUGGACACCGGAGAGCAGCUGCGGAUCCCGGAGGAGCUGUCGGAUCAGAGCAGGUCCUCUGUGUGGCGGCAGCUGGCCUCCGGGGGGCUGGCGGGGGCCGUGUCCCGGACCAGCACCGCCCCCCUGGACCGGCUCAAGGUCUUCCUCCAGGUCCACGGCUCCUUCCCCGGGACGAGCUCGGUGGGGAACAGCUUCCAGUCCAUGGUGAGGGAGGGGGGGCUGGGCUCGCUGUGGAGGGGCAACGGGAUCAACGUCCUGAAGAUGGCCCCCGAGACCGCCAUCAAGUUCACCGUCUACGAGCAGAUCAAAGGCCUUCUGGGAGGAAGUGACGCCAGCGGACACCUGAAGCUUCAGGAGAGGUUUAUAGCUGGCUCACUGGCUGGAGCCAUCGCCCAGACCGCCAUCUACCCACUAGAGGUGCUGAAGACACGGCUGACGCUGAGGGCCACGGGCCAGUUCUCGGGGGUGGCGGACUGCGUCUCCCAGCUGCUGCGGAGGGAGGGCGUCUGGGCCUUCUACCGUGGCUACGUCCCCAACCUGCUGGCCAUCGCCCCGGCUGCAGGCAUCGACCUGGCCGUCUACGAGUCUCUGAAGAACUCGUGGAUCAGCAGGAACUCGGCCUCCGGGCCCCCCUCCGGGCCCCCCGGGGUCCUGGUUCUGGUCAGCUGCGGGGCGCUGUCCAGCACCUGUGGCCAGCUGGCCAGCUACCCGCUCGCCCUGGUCAAGACACGCAUGCAGGCCCAAGCCGCGGAGGGAGGAGGCCCCCGUCCCUCCAUGACCGCCCUGUUCCACAGCAUCCUGGCCCAGGAGGGCGUGGCCGGGUUGUACCGCGGCCUCUCCCCAAAUCUGCUCAAAGUCAUUCCCGCCGUCAGCAUCUCCUACGUGGUCUACGAGUACAUGAGGCGCGGCAUAGAGAACGGGUUCCUCUAGCACCAGGAACCAUAGAGAACUGUUCCUCUAGCACCAGGAGCCAUGGAGAACGGGUUCCUCUAGCACCAGGAACCAUGGAGAACUGUUCCUCUAGCACCAGGAACCAUGGAGAACGGGUUCCUCUAGCACCAGGAACCAUGGAGAACUGUUCCUCUAGCACCAGGAACCAUGGAGAACUGUUCCUCUAGCACCAGGAACCAUAGAGAACGGGUUCCUCUAGCACCAGGAACCAUAGAGAACAGGUUCCUCUAGCACCAGGAACCAUGGAGAACUGUUCCUCUAGCACCAGGAGCCAUGGAGAACUGUUCCUCUAGCACCAGGAACCAUAGAGAACGGGUUCCUCUAGCACCAGGAGCCAUGGAGAACUGUUCCUCUAGCACCAGGAACCAUAGAGAACGGGUUCCUCUAGCACCAGGAACCAUAGAGAACGGGUUCCUCUAGCACCAGGAACCAUAGAGAACGGGUUCCUCUAGCACCAGGAGCCAUGGAGAACUGUUCCUCUAGCACCAGGAACCAUAGAGAACGGGUUCCUCUAGCACCAGGAACCAUGGAGAACGGGUUCCUCUAGCACCAGGAGCCAUGGAGAACUGUUCCUCUAGCACCAGGAACCAUAGAGAACGGGUUCCUCUAGCACCAGGAACCAUAGAGAACGGGUUCCUCUAGCACCAGGAACCAUAGAGAACUGUUCCUCUAGCACCAGGAACCAUAGAGAACGGGUUCCUCUAGCACCAGGAACCAUGGAGAACGGGUUCCUCUAGCACCAGGAACCAUAGAGAACGGGUUCCUCUAGGACCUGGAACCAUGGAGAACGGGUUCCUCUAGCACCAGGAACCAUAGAGAACGGGUUCCUCAACACCAGGGGGCCGUAGAGAACCCACCUCAACCUGGGGAUGGAGUCUCUGUCCUGACCUUCAGACAACAUCACUGGUCCAUUAAAGGACUGUUGCUGCUCGCUGUUCUGCUAAAGCUUUGCUUUAUUCAUUUACAUUUACAUUUACAUUUAGGGCAUUUAGCAGCCGCUUUUAUCCGAAGCGACUUACAAUAAGUUAAUUUGUCACAAGAAGUGAAACAAUAUAUAGCUGUCAGUACAGUAAAGAUGUUCAAAGAACCAAUUACAAGUACAAACAAUCGCUAGGCUAACCCAUGCCCCGUGUACAGCAGUGAUAGCACAAUUAAAACACAAUUAUUCAAUAUCAUUGAUAGGCCUAUUCAUAGUGUGUACACUUUUAUUUAUAAAAUCAUACAUACCCUGGUUACAAUUGGUUUACAAAGAGACUGAUGACUUUGUUUCCUAUUCAUAUUUAUAAUAUAAUAGAUUUAUGAUAAAGUGCCAUAUUGCCACAUGAUUGAUGUAGGCCAGCUCUCAGGAAUAAAUCUACCGUUAUAUUUGUAUCAAAUGUGAUUUUCUGCUACCUAAUAAAACAGCAAUAUUGUG